UUUCUCUUUCGUGAAAGUUGAAACAAAACGAACAGCGACGAGCGAGCGAGCUAGAGAGAGAGAGAGAGAGAGAGAGAGCGGGAGCUCGCGGGGCCUCCACUAGGGUUAGGGUUCGGGUUAGGGUUUGCGGAUCGAUCGGGGACGGAGAUGGCGGCGGAGGGCGGCGGCGGCUCGCCGGGAUCUCUGGAGGCGCGGCCCGGGAUCCUCCUCGUCGGCUCCCCCAACGUCGGCAAACGAAGCCUCCUCUCUCGCUUGCUUUCAAUUGAUAUUCCCGACACACAUGACUUAUCCUCUGGGGUUCUUUGUCAAGGGUGGACGAUUGACACCAAGUAUUACUCAGCUGAUCUUUCUAUAUGGACAGCUCACCUUGAUGAAGGCUUUUCUUUCAGAUCGCUGCCGAACCCUAGGCAGUUGGCUGCUCUAGUGAUGGUUUUUGACAUGAGUGAGGAAUCCUCCUUUCUUACUCUAAAAAGUUGGGUUGCCAACACCGAUAUUAAGAAAUUCGAGAUAUUAUUAUGCAUAGGGAAUAAAGCAGAUCUUGUGCCUGGCCAUCAUGCUCAUACGGAGUAUAGAAGACGCAAACAGAAACACAGAGAGUCAUCAAGCGAUCCCCACACUGAAUACUUUGAUUAUGGGAUAGAUGAAACAGAGGGUUUUAGUUUAUUAAGGGACGAAGAGCCAUCUAUAGAAAUUAGGAAGUCAUCUUUAGAAUGGUGUGUUGAAAAUAACAUAGAAUAUAUUGAAGCUUGUGCUGCAAAUGCCGACUUUGAUAAAUGUCUGUCAGUUGAUGGUGAUAUUCAAGGUGUAGAUCGACUCUUUGGAGCUCUUUCUGCACAUAUGUGGCCUGGAAUGAUCCUCAAGUCUGGAAAUAGGAUCGCCACCCCAUCUUUAGUGGAGAAAGAAGAAACUACGGAUGACGAAUCCGAUUAUGAAAUUGAAUAUGAGGUUUUAUCUGACGGAUCCGAUGAACCAUGGCAAGGAGCAGCUGGAACCAGUAAAAGCUCAGAACAUGAAAUCCCGACUUCUAGUUCUCUUCCAAAUGACCUUGCUCCGGAAACUGUCUUACAACAAGAAGCAGAAGAUAGAGCUAAGCUGACCGAGGAUAAUGAUCAGAAGCAAGAAGCCAAUCCGUCUUCAGAGCAGAAGCCAAAAGCUGAAGCAGAGAUGAGUGGUGGGGUUGAAGCUAAUGAUAACAAUACUAACGAAGUGGAUGAGGAUGAACAUUAUGGGUUGGAUGAUCUGGAAAGGCUAAUGUCAGAGAUCGGUAACAUGCGCGCCAAUUUGAGGCUUAUGCCAGAUUUCCAAAGAAAGGAAAUGGCCGCAAAGAUUGCAAUGAAAAUGGCGGCCAUGUUUGAUGAAGGCAGUGAUGAAGAUGGCGUUUAGAACGGCCUGCUGAAUUCAGCCUUUUCCACAAGUGGCGGUUCUGGCUUUUUUAAGCUCAAUUGCGAUCAUAAAGAGGCGAUAGUAUAAUUUCACCUUCUGGUUUGCGAUGUUUCUCCACGGAAGAAAGGAUGUUGAUUGAAGCAGAAAAUCUAUCUAGUGGUUUACAAACGGUAAAUGCGUACAGAUCUUACCUGAACUAAAAGCAUUUCCUAAUGGGUACAUAAACUUUGAAAAUUCUGAUUUUACUACCGGAUCUUAACCUAUUUUCAAUUUGAAGUACCUGUUUGUCAAACUUAAAGCCUAUGUUAGUUCUUUUGGCCGGCUAUUCCUCUACUUAACAUGCUAUUUUCAGCAACUAUUCUGGCUGAAACCAUCUAUUUCUAGCGGAAAGUGAUUCAAUUUUCUGAAACUAAAUGAACCAAAAGUUCCGGUAGUGAAAUCAAACUUUUAAAAAUCUGGUACCCAUUUUAAAAUUCAGGUGAUGCUUUUUUUUUUUUUUAUCUAUCUAUUGACGACCUGUGUUACAUCUUGGAAUGUUGACUUUCGUGCUGUUUCAGUUUUGAUCAACUUUUGAGAAGCCCUCCUAUUUCUGUACUUACAUGCUACCAGGUGUUAUACGCAUGUAAAUUCGAGUGCCAAAUUUUGGUUUUAUGUAAGUUGAGUGAACACUUUAAAACCGAGUCUUCGCCGUUGGAUAUGCUCUACUUAAUUUGCAGCACCAAAACUAGUGAUUUAGUUAUGUGUCCUGUAUAUUCUGACUGUUUAAUGUUUGAAAAUAAUGCCAUUCUUGUUUUUCGUUUUUCAUCGAAGAAUAAAAGAUUAUGUUUGAAGGA